UUUUUUUUUUUCUUUUUCUUUUUAUAUAUCAAUAUAAUUUAAUAUGACAGAAUAUCAAUUAUCAUAUGAAAAAUUUCCUCUUGAAAUAUUUGAUAAAAUAUCUUUUUAUUUAACAAAUAAACAGAGAGGCGUAUGCAAAUCAGUAUGUCGUUCCUGGAGAAAAUUAUUUACACCUUCUCAGUAUCGGCAUAUAUAUAUAAAAGGCAAAAGACAAUUUAGUUACUUUUAUGAUUCUCUUCAAUAUGGUAUGGCUGGACAUUAUGUUCGACGUCUGUCUGUGGAUGAUGUUUAUAUGACUACUAAAGAACUUGAAUUAUUACCUGAAUUAUGUCCAAACUUGGUUGCAUUAUCUUUUAACGGUAAAUUAAUACAUGAUGCAGACUAUUAUAACAACGCUAUCACGAGCCAGAAAGAAAUUCCUUUUUUUCAAUGGAAAAAUCUCCGACGUCUUACAGAACUCUUAGAUUUAACUGUUACAAAUCACCUGCUUCAAGCGCCCUCAUCUUCUCUUUCAUCAUUAACACACCUUUCUGUUCGAUUUAAUGGAGAUCAUGAAAUGAUAAAGGACGAUUUUCUUGCUAGUUUAUAUAAAGCAAAGGAUCUUAUUCAUUUAUCUCUUGACUCAGUAACACUUUCUUUAAAUGAAAUUGAAACUAUUCAUACUUCUUGUCCUCAUCUUCAGAAACUUCGACUUAUCAAUACAGUCCUUAGACCGAUUGACACUACUUUUGAAGAAAAAAGAACUGUCGGGUCUAGAUAUUCAUUCACUCCUGCCAAAAGAAUGAAGACCUUUGAAUUUGAAAAUAGCAGAGAUCUCUAUGAAAACUAUGAAUGGUUAUAUUAUUUUGCAGUUAAAUAUGCAUCAAUAGAAAACUUGGAGCUUUGGUGUGAAUACUCAGUUGAUCAUCCUUCUCGUUAUUCACAGAAUUUGCAUGAAAGAGAGGAAAGGUAUAAUGCUUUAGCAAAAUUAGUCAUGUCUUGUCAUUCGUUGAAAUCAUUGAAGCUUUUAAAUAUUGAAAUGAAUUAUUGGUUAUUUGAGGCAAUGGAUUAUGCUGGUAUUCAGUUGGAAAGUAUUGCGCUGGGUGAUAUGACAGAUAAUACGAUUGAUCUUUUACAAUACCUAGGUCAAUCACGACAAAAUGUUUCAAAUUUGACGCUUUGGGGAUGGCCCUCAUUAUGUAUUCAAGAAACAAUGGAAGAAGCAAUUGCUAUCAUUGGUCAAUGUAGUCAUCGUCUUCACUCUCUCACUUUCUCUAUGCGCUUUUCAGGCAUUAAAAAUGCACCCAUUCCACUUGAUAUCUUGUUGAAUCGUUGUGCUCACUUGAAAUAUCUAAAGCUUGAUAACAUUCAAGCAACUCUUGUAUUACCUUUUGAAUUAGUGUCAGAGGCUGCUAUUGCCUAUCCUAAAUCAUUCCUGCGUCCAAAUCUAGAGCAUCUUGUAUUUGAAAAUGGGUCCUUUCGUAAUCAGAUAUUUAAUUAUCUUGACCUUCGCUGCCCAAGUCUAAAGAGGCUAGAAAUUGAUUCAUGCGCGCUUAUUGGUGACUGUAAUAAAAUGGAAGUUAAAAUUGAUAUGCCUCAUCAUCAAUUCGAAAUGAUCAGUAUCAAUCAUAUACGCCCACCUACUUUUUAUCAUCAUGCAAAACCAGCAAGUGAUAUUCGCUCAUUUGAUGUGUCUAUCUUCAAUAAGAAGAAGCAAAAUACGGAUGGCUAUUGGAGACAGAUCUAUGAAUUAUCUGAAUACGAAAAAUACACGACUUAUCUUUCAUUUGAUUAUGAACAAAAGCCCUUAGAGACAUGCAGACCUACACAAUAUAUUUGCUAUGAAAAUGCAAGCGAGCGAUCAGAAGGACCUUUCGUAUCUAUUAACUGUUAUAGUUUAGUGGAAUUGAAUAUUGGUGGAUUGUGGGUUAUUUAAAAAAGAAAAAUCGUUAUUUAUUGAUUAUUUAUUUAUGUAAUUAAAAAAAAAAAGGAAAAAAAAAAAGAAAUACCCUAUUAUUUUUAAUACUUAUUCAUUUAUGAAAUAAUUAAAUAAAGACUAGCAAACUUAUUCAUGAAUUAUCUAUU